UUUUUAGAGGCAUUAUGCAAAUUUUCGUGAAAACGCUUACAGGAAAGACAAUUACACUUGAAGUCGAGUCAUCAGACACGAUUGAUAAUGUUAAAAGCAAGAUUCAGGAUAAAGAAGGGAUCCCUCCGGACCAACAACGUUUAAUAUUUGCAGGGAAGCAGUUGGAGGACGGAAGAACUUUGUCAGAUUAUAAUAUUCAAAAAGAAUCCACAUUACACUUGGUUCUUCGUCUUCGCGGGGGAAUGCAGAUUUUUGUCAAAACGCUUACAGGAAAAACGAUUACUCUUGAGGUUGAAUCGUCGGACACGAUUGAUAAUGUUAAAAGCAAGAUUCAGGAUAAAGAAGGGAUUCCUCCAGAUCAACAACGUUUAAUAUUUGCAGGAAAACAAUUAGAAGAUGGAAGAACUUUAUCGGAUUAUAAUAUUCAAAAAGAAUCUACGUUACACUUAGUUCUUCGUCUUCGUGGAGGUGUUUGACCAUUUUAAUGUUGCCGUUAUAGGAGUAUCUUCUGCAGAAAA